AUGACUGAUCCAACUAAUCAAAUUCCAGAUUAUGUUCCAACUACUGAAACUAAAAUGGACAUUGAACCAGCAAAUAAAGAUAAUUAUGUAGGAACAGUUGCAUUCAGUAACAUGAAUCUCAAAAAAGAAAUAUUAAUGGCUAUUACUGAUUGUGGAUUUGAACACCCAUCUGAAGUUCAAUCACAAGUUAUUCCUAAAGCAUUAUUAAAACAAGACAUUUUAUGUCAAGCUAAAUCUGGAAUGGGUAAAACAGCUGUAUUUGUCAUUUCAAUUUUAAAUCAAGGACUUUGUCUUGGAGAUUAUGUAUCAGCAUUAGUUAUUUGUCAUACUCGUGAACUUGCAUUACAAGCACAAAAAGAAUUUGAUAGAAUGAAAAAAAGACUUUGUGAAGCAACAGGAAAAGAAAUUCCAACAGGUACAUUUGUUGGAGGUGUUGAAGAAAAAAAAGAUAUUGAAUUUAUUAAAACACAUAAACCAACUAUUGUAAUUGGUACACCAGGUAGAAUUGCAUCUCUUGUUAGACAAAAAGCAUUAGAUUUAAGUAAACUUGAUACAUUUGUUAUUGAUGAAUGUGAUAAGGUUCUUGGAUCAACAAGUGAAAUUGAAAUUGGAGAAAUAUUUAUUUCAUCACCAAAAGAAAAACAAGUGAUGAUGUUUUCAGCUACUAUUUCAGAAACAAAUAAAGGUAUUUGUAGAAAGUAUUUAAAAAAUCAAUUAGAAGUGUUUAUUGAUGAUGGAGAAAAAUUAUUCCUUCAUGGUCUUCAUUUAUACUUUAAAAAAUUAGGAGAUAAUGAUAAAAAGAAAACAUUUAUGGAUAUUAUCGAUUAUAUUGAUUUCAAUCAAGCAAUUGUUUUUGCUGAAAAUAGUGAGAGAUGUCGUGUUCUUGUUAAGAAAUUAAAACAAAUUGGAUAUCCAUGUGGUAUUUUAUAUGGUAGAAUGGAUCAAGAAAUAAGAGAAAAAGAAUAUCAACGAUUUAGAGAUGGAGAGAGUAGAGUUUUAGUUUCUACUGAUUUAUGUGGAAGAGGAAUUGAUGUAGCUAAAGUAAAUCUUGUUGUUAACUUUGAUAUGCCUAAUGAUUCUGAUCAAUUUUUACACAGAGUAGGAAGAGCUGGAAGAUUUGGAACUAAAGGAGUUGCUAUUUCAUUUAUUGAUACUGAAGAAGAUGAUAAAGUUUUGAAAGAAGUCCAAUCAAGAUUUGCUGUUCAAAUGGAUGAAUUACCAAGUUCAUUGAAGGAUAUUCCCACAAGUUACUACAAAUAA